GGCGCAACGUCCACCUCCUCCUCGCCAGCCAUCUCGGAGCAGCAGGCGGCCAUGCGACGGGGCGCUGCGGCGCUGCGGCUGACAGUGAGCGGCUCCUCCGCCUGCCCCGUGCCAAUCAUGAACAGGUGGCGGGAUCUGAGUGGGCAGUACCUGCUGGAGCGGUACGGCAUGACGGAGAUCGGCAUGGCGCUGUCGAACCCCUACCAGGGCGAGCGGCGCCCCGGCACAGUGGGCACCCCGCUACCCGGUGUGGAGGCGCGUCUGGCGCCGGACGGACAGCUGCUGGUGCGGGGCGCCAACGUGUUCACGGAGUACUGGGGGCGGCCGGAGGCGACUCGGGAGGCGUUUGACGAGGAGGGGUUCUAUAGGACGGGCGACACCGCCAGCGUGUCGGGCUCCCCGCCGUACUUCACCAUUGAGGGUCGUACAAGUGUGGACAUCAUGAAGAGCGGCGGCUUCAAGAUAUCGGCACUGCAGGUUGAGAGUGCCAUCAUGGAGCACCCAGCCAUAUCCGAGGUGGCGGUGCUGGGGGUGCCGGAUGAGACGUACGGCCAGAUGAUUACGGCGCUGCUGGCUGUGAAGAGCGCCGCGGCACGACCGGCCGUGGAGGAGCUGCAGCGCUUCUGCCGGGAGCGGCUUGCGCCUUAUCAGGUCCCCAAGCGCUGGCAGUGGGUGUCGGCGCUGCCUCGUAACGCCAUGGGUAAGGUCAACAAGAAGGAGCUGGCGCGGCUGCUGCUUGCAGGCCAGCUGCCGCAGUAGAGGAAGUGUACGUCGGGGAUGAGGGUGUGCGUGUGACGGAAGAGCGAGGAACGUUUAUGUCCUGAAACGUUGAAGUGGGAGGGUGGCACAGUACAGCGAAGUAGAGUGGUUGACAGCGUUGUACGGCAGUGUACGGGCGUUGGGAGCUGCGGGGCAGGGCAGCAGCCUCCUUCCGGCAGAGCGUGCGCAGGGUUGGUGUGUCGUGGGGUGGCAAGGCGAAGGAUGGUAGGCAAGGAACGUGUGAAGGCUGCGAAGUCUUAGAGGGGAGCAACGGUGCAGCUGAGAGGUGGAGGAGUUGCACAGACAGUGGUUGAUAGAUCCGCAAUUCCCGUUAGGAGGCCUCGCAGGAGGACUUCCGCAGCUGGCUUCCUUCGUGGCAUACCGGUACGGUAGGAUGUGUCAUUGGGCGCGUGGUGGCACGGUACGGGCGUCAUGUGCCCUUCAAUCGUUGGUAAGAACGUAACAGCCCGCACCGUUACUCUGUUGCUGAGCUGACUCGCUUUGACUCAGUGGAAGCAGGCCGGGAUGAUGACUUCAUGAGUGAUCAUCCUGGUGCAAGGUACUUUCACGGGUGGCCUCACACCCUGCUCUCCUUUCACACCGUGAUACCUUGUAACACUUAACUGAAGG